AUGAACCGCUGGCUCAACAGGAAGAAGGAUGGCGUCGAAGACGCGCCUGCCGGGAAGAAGGUCAAAAAGGGCAAAAAGGGUCAAGAGGAAGAGGUCAAGCCAGAGUUCGAUCUCAAUGCCGUGCUCCCAAAAGCAGACGACUUCCGCACCAGUCUAAUCCUGCCCGGUCUAUCCACUCGCUUCAGCAUGCUGAGAGAGCAGGAUGACCCUUCAUCCCUCAUUGGCAAAGCAAGCGACGAUAGCGUUCUCCAACCUAAACGUCAGUCCCGCCUCCAUGAGUUUGGUUUCGUUCCUGGUGGCCUCUCAGACAUUGCUGAAGUAUCCUCGCUCAAAGGUUCCCUCCAUCGACCGGCUGCUGCUGACCGCACCGACUCCUUCGACGGUCCCAAAGAAGAAGAUGGCUCCGGCAGUGUCAUGAGCCGAGCGAGACCUGGCGAGGGCAAUGUUCUCUUUGGUGGACGCCAGAAAAUCUACGUCAUUUCAAACACAAACUCAAAGGGCACUGGACGCGCUCUGUACGACGACGAUGUCAACCUGUCAGCGUACCAACGCCUACGACAAGAAGAAAAGGAGCGCAUACGGCAACAGGCAGAAGAGGAGGAAGAGAGUCAGCAUUCGGAGCCCUCCAGCCCCACAGAACUCAGCCGGAAGAGGGAGACUACAUCCUCGACAAACUCUGGCCCAUCCAACACGCGCAUCUCCACCGCUGCAACUUCAAUAGCUUCACAAGGCGCCAACUCGGUUUCCGCCUCCUCUCCCUCCUUGCCCCCUUCCUCGGCUCCUGUAAGCUCUCCAGAUCUGAACCGGUCAACUACCAAGCGACGACUUUAUGACCAAGGCCUGGAUCAGCAAAUCCAAGACCAGCAGUCCUCAGCCAUGAACCGCCUCAAUUCGAUACAGCGAGCGCGCGCGCCCACACUGCGAUCAAACCAGCCUCUCCCCAUAGGCCAAGCACGUUCUGCAACAAAUCUCCACGACCGCUUUGCCAGGGGUCCUGGAUUCCGCUCCGAAAGCCCCGGUCCCACUGGCCACCCGGCCAUGGUUCGAACCAACUCGUCUGGCACAUCAAGCCCUGUUCUUUCGCGGCCACAGUCGCCACCACUGGUAAGCCCAGUGACCAGCGAUUGCAGCGAGGCUCACUCACUCAAUGCUGCGCUUCAACCAAACGAUCGAGGCAAGGCCACUGCUCUGGGCGCCUUCAACAAGCCAAAGGAGGCUUUCAGCGAAGAGCAGUAUGCCGAGCGUUUGCGACAGAUGAACCAAGACAGACAAGCACGCGAGUCACCAGCAUCAGGUCCUGCAAAGUCGAUUUCUCGCAAACCCUCGUUGCGAGAGCGAGCUGAGCAGGAAAGAAGGAAGAGAGCGGAGAGUGACGCAAGAGAGAAGUCCAGACCCGAAUCACCUACAGAGCAAAGCCCAGCUACAAAUGCUUUUUCCAGGUUUCAGGCUGCUGCCAGCCAGAUGAGGAUUGCGGGUCAAGCGGCUGCAAACGUACAGCCAACCCAGAAGCCCCCACAGAAGCCCAAGGACGCAUGUGCCAAAGCUACCUUCUUUACCUCGCCUGACUCGAGCGAUGACGAGCAAGGGCAACAACACGAAGAGCCGGUUUCCAAGCCAGCGACAACUCGUCCUGCGGGGUCCGCCCGUCGGUUUGAAAACCUCCCAGUUGCAACUGGUCCUGCGCCGCCCAUGUUUGAGCACCCUGCACUCCGCUCACGUGCUCCAUCAAAUGAGGAUACUCAAGAAUCAAAUUCCAUCGCUCGUUCUCCCUACCAAGGCGCCGAGUCUCCCGCACUAAACGUCCCAGAUAAUGACUCUCCCACCCUCGGCCCCCAAAACGGUGGACUUAGUGGUCUGAUUCGUCAGCACCUGCGCACCAACAGCAAUGUCUCCUCCACUUAUGGUGAACCAGGUCCGCCUGUCAUGAGCCCACCCAUGGAUUCAACCUUCCGCAAGAACGACUUUGGACUGCAACGCAGACAACUGGAUUCCGAGUCCGAGUCCGUCACGCCUGUGCCAUCAACGUACAGCCAUUCCAACCCAUGGGAUCUCGAUGACAUCGAUGGCCCUUAUCGUGAAGACCGCGGGGCUGCCAAACCAUCAAGUCCUAUUGAGGGAUCAACCAGGAUCAGGCCUCUUAUCAUGAGCACAUCUGAGCACCACACUGGUUCAUCCACGUGGGAUCUCACUCCUCGAAGGAAUCACGAAAGGAUUUCUAGCAACGAGACGGAAGCUGAGCACGAGGCGUUCCAACGAGAUCUUGCCCAGAGACAACGUCUGAUCCAAGAGAGUCUUCGUGCAAAGGCUGAGGGCCGGUCACUGAGCCCUGGGCCUGGUGCCGGACCAUCGGGAGGAUUGAAGAAUGCUCUGAACAUGCUUCGCGCAAAGUCAAACGGCGAAGCAUUUGCCACAGUCGAUGCUUCCAACAAGUCGGUGAGGAAGCUUGCCCUUGGUGCCUCUGCGGUCAAUCUCAGCAGCACUUCGCUUGUGAGCAUGCAAAGUUCUGACGUACCGCCACUGCGAACCAAGCCUUCCCGUGUACUGCAACAGAGCGAGCAGGAUGCUCAGCGUGAGCUCGAGCACAGACAACGCUCAGCAACUGAUAGCAGCCGGACAGGUCGUCCUGUAGGUAGAACACAAGCAGCUUCGACCAGGAGCUCGACUAGAGAACGCUCAAGCUCUGGCACCUCAUCAGGACGUUCCCGGAGCCGUGGAGGUCAUUACCGCGAUGACUUGGACCAGGCCAUGACCGAAGGGUCCCGAGCUGCCUACCCUGCAAACACAUUUCCUUCACUACCUGGAUAUGUAGCACACCCUACACCUCCUCUGCCUGCACCAAAGACUUCAAUGGACUCUGAAGGUCGCUCACGUUCAAGGAGCAACAGCAAAGUUUCUGCCUCUAAUUACUUUGAAUCAAAGCACCUUAACCCCAUCCAGACCAAUCUGACACCAGGUCAGAAUGCACGAUUUGCCCCUCCGCACGGCAAAUUGUCGCCUGGACUACCGAUCUCACCUCGACCUUCACCUGGCGCUUACAGCAACCACAGUGGCCAGGGCUACUCGCACCCUACCUCUCCAAUGCCUCCGUUUUCCAACAGCCACACGCCUCCUGUGUCUAACCCAACAACGCCUAACCCGGCCACGCCUAGUGCUCCCGCCUUCAAUCCAAGCACUGUGCAACCUGUAAACAGACAAGGAAUGUUGCGAAAGAAGUCUGUUGCCAAGGCAGACAUAUCGGACCCCGUCUUCAUUUCCACGACGUCGGUGAUUGACACGAUUGAUCUCCCCCCUGGUGCAUCGCUCAAGAAUGGCAGCGAAUAUGAUGCGCCGCCUGUUCCACCCAUCAACCCCAUGAGGCGACGAUUUGGAUUUGGUCGUGAGGGUCAGGGCUCAGCAGCUUCUGAUCCCGCUGUCCAGCCAGGUAUCGAGGCCCCACGAGCGCCUUUUGCAGAGCCGGUUCGUACCGGUUCAGCUGAUGGUCUGUACGAGCAGGCGCAUCCACCGCCUAGGAAUAUGCUGAGGAAAGCAACGAGCGAAGGCCGAAGUCUGCGUGGAGUAGCACAGGGCCAAAUGGGGCCGUCUCCUCCGGUGCCAUCGAGUGGUUUCCAGGGGCGUAACAACUCACCUCCGCGUCCCAUGAACGCACAACCCCGAGGCCAAGGUUCCGCUGAGGGCGCUAUGUUCUAA